UCUUCGAGCUUUUCGCCAUAACCUCCCGGCUUCGUGUGGACGGUCGCUGGGUCCCUCCUGCUUCUGGGUUCAGUGUGUGGUCCAGUGUUGGAAAAUCGGAGUUCGGAAAAGUGCGCGGCGCGGAAAUUUAUCAUCAGCGUUUGGGUGGUGGAGCUUCAGGAGUAGGUACCGCUACCGCGUACACCAGUCGAUGUCGUCGCCGUCGACGACGUGCAGUUCAGCAAAACGGUGGAAGUACUCGGUUGUGUAGUUUUGGGUUUCGCUGAUCAAAGUCGCAAGCAUCUGCUGCACAUCAAGGAAAGUGGACGCAGCAGCAGCAGCAUCAGUGAGUGAGUGCACAAUUGCAGUUCAGGAGUCGUGCGUUGAAGAUCUACGGGGAGGUCGUUCGAGCGGAAUUGUGAAUAUCUGGGAGAUUUGGAGAAGCUCAGCGGAUCAAUAAAAAGGCGACUAGCGUUACUUUUUUUUGGGGGGUGGUGCAGGACAUCCGAGGAGGAGCAGGAAGAAGACGAAGAAGACUUCGGCUCGACGGGGCCGGAAGAUUCGGUGGUGAAGAGGCCCGAGAGGCAUCUAAAAUUUAUAAGAAAAGCCUAGGUCAAUAAUGUCUACAGUGAUGUGUGCUGCUUAGCAGACGACUUUGCACACAUCGCGCGGUUCGCGAUUAGAUCAGGUUGAGUUGGUGUGUAUUGGUUCGCGACGGUGAUGAUUUAGGCAAGAAUUGAUCGCAAGAGAUUGAAAUUCUCAUUAGUGAGUGAGUCCGAAGCUGAAAGUGUUGGUCAGCGACGAGUUUUUGCGCUGUUUGUGUAGUGUUCAGCAAGUUCGUUAAGCGGUUUUUCAAGGCAAAGUCGGUGCAGUUUUUUUGUACGUGGUGUACAGUUGUGUUGUGUCGUUGGGAUGUUUUAAAGAGUCGCACACAGCAACGGUUAUUUCGCGAACCACACGAAGAGCUUGUGUUAUCGCAUCCCCUUGAAGGUGGAUAUUGAAAACAACAAUUCUGGAAUGUUAUUCAACUCAGAUAUUAUAUAAAGAUUUACGCAAAAUGGUCUACUACACGGGACUACCCCUGCUGAUGCAGCAGGCAGAGAACAACGCGGCCGCCUCGCAGCUGUGCUUCAACAACUCUGCCCUGUCCGUGCGGGAAGCGACCGGCAACGCCGACCAACAGCCCGGCCAACGGCUCCAGCAGCAAUUCCAACAGCAACAGAUCGUCAACCUGACCGGUGGCGCCGAUCAACCUCAGAGUUACGGAAGCUUCCCCUCGGGAAUGGUUCCCCAGGGUUCGCCGACCGGCCAGCAACAGCAGCAGCAAGUGGCCAAGUUCCGCUGCGAGCAGUGCAACAUCAACUUUGGCAGCAAAAGUGCCCACACAAGCCAUAUGAAAUCUCACGCCAAACAGCAACAGCAGCAGCAGCAGCAGGAGGGCAAGAGUGCAAAGACUGGAGGGCAGAUCGUUACGGGGGUUGUUGCGACUCCGGCGACGGCCGCCGAUCCGUACCAGUGCGACGUGUGCAAAAAGACGUUUGCGGUUCCGGCGAGGCUCGUGCGGCACUACCGAACUCACACCGGGGAGCGCCCGUUUGAGUGUGAAUUUUGUCACAAGAUGUUUAGCGUGAAGGAAAAUCUGCAGGUUCACCGGCGGAUACACACCAAGGAGCGACCGUACAAGUGCGAUAUCUGUGGGCGUGCGUUUGAGCACUCCGGGAAGUUGCACCGGCACAUGCGGAUUCACACCGGCGAGCGGCCCCACAAGUGCACCGUGUGCGGCAAGACGUUCAUUCAGUCCGGCCAGCUAGUCAUUCAUAUGCGAACGCAUACCGGUGAAAAACCGUACAAAUGCCCCGUCGAGGGCUGCGGCAAGGGGUUCACCUGCUCGAAGCAGCUGAAGGUGCACUCGCGGACGCACACGGGCGAGAAGCCGUACCAUUGUGAUAUCUGCUUCCGGGACUUUGGCUACAACCACGUGCUGAAGCUGCACCGGGUCCAGCACUACGGAUCCAAGUGCUACAAGUGCACGAUCUGCGACGAGACGUUCAAGAGCAAAAAGGAGAUGGAGGCACACAUUAAGGGGCACGCCAAUGAGAUUCCGGACGAGGAUGAGGCUGGUGGGGGUGAGGGCGAGGUCGUGGACAGCAAGGCGUCGGUGGUGGCAAGUUCUGCGCCGCCGUCGUCUCCGUCGAUAUCUUCGGCGGCGUCCACGAGCAGUCGGGCCAGCUUGGAGUACUCGUCUAGUUCGAGCAAUUUGGCUGCGGAGAGUAUGUGCGCGGAGGAACCGAUGGAGGAGGAACUGCUGAUGAAGCCACAGAUUGAGUUCCGGGAGAGCCGGAGCAGUAGCACUAGCAGCGGAAGCAGCGUGACCAGCUUGAGCAGUAGUAGUGGGGUCAGCUCUCUGGGAAGCUCCCAAUCCAGUGGAAGUGGUGGCAUUCAUUACUACUCGCAGUUUGAGCAGUCCGUGCUGCGAAGCUACGGCGUCCAGUCGGGUGUGAACCCGGCCCUGCUAGCGGCGGCUUCAAUCGCAGCGGCAGCCACCGUAUCCAGCCGGGAAGCAUCUCCGGAACUGCAGGACAACAGAUCGCCUUCACCGCCACCGUUGAGCUUCACGAUCUCGCACCAUCACCAGCAGCAACAGCAUCAGCAGUUGAUGAACGGUGAACGGUUAACUCCUCCAAUGUCCCAGCAGCAACAGCAGCAGCCGAUUGAUAUGAUGGUUAAUCAGCACCAGCUCCAGCAGCAACAACCGCCGAUGGCACAUCAGCAGCUGCAGCACUCGCCGGUCAACUCGAAUGCGUUUGCCUACGAACCAUUGUCGAUUAUGAAGCAUCACGGAUACUUUGCACCUGCUUCGCAGGUUACCGAGUUCAGAUCCUCCAGCGACAUCGUGCGCCAAGUGGAAGCCGCCAUCGCCGGCACGGAAAACCUCCUAACGCCGCCCCGCUCCUCGCCCGAAUCACCCGACCGGUCCUCGUCGCCCGAGUCUGACUCUGCAGUAUUAAUGGCCAACCGGGACAACAAUACGCUACCGCCGCGCAAACGGCGGCUCUACUUCAAGGAUCAGCACCAUCUUCAGGGUGGGGAAGCUCAGGUGCCGGAAUCUGCGCCAGUCGCUCCGGCCCCGGCCCGGAUGAGCUCGGUUAUCCAGUUUGCGAAGGCUUCGUAGGAACCAAAUCUUUCGUUUUUAACUUCUGGGCGGCCAUAUUUGAUUUUAUGUAAGGGGUAGGAUUUAGGAGAGAGUUGCGAAGGUUUGAGGGUGGAGUUGAUGCGACCAGACUUAUUAGCGGAUAGUUAAAUUAAAGGUAACGUUUUUAGAAGGUAAUAUUUAUCUACAAACAAAAAGCAGUAGCGGUAAGCAAGUCAGGUUUAAGAAAGAAACUACACACACACACAUACAAAAAAACACAUUGAACACGCACUCACACAUUACACUAUUUGCAACAAGACUGUCUCAGGUUAAUCAGUCAUUACAUUUGAUAAGUUUAUCGCUUCUUCGGGGGAAAGGCACAACAUGAGGUCCCCCCUGCGGAGAAUAAAAAAAAGGAAAAUGGGACAAAUGGAAAAGGAGAGCGGCUUUGGUCAAAGAAAGAGGAAAAAUAUUAAGACUGUUGAAUUGUCAAAAAAUUCUAGUAAUCGAGAAAUAUUUUAGGUCGAUAGGAUAAUGCGAGAGAGAGAAAGGAUCAGCAAUGAGUCAAGCAGAAAAGCAACAAAAACAAAACUAUUUUACGAGAAAUUGUAUCUUUUGGAUAGCGAGCGAUUCAGCAAAAAAAAUAUUGAUGGCCAUGUGAAAAAAGACUAGUUUUUAUAGUAGACAAAAUGAGCAAGUUUAGGAAAAGAGCAUCGUGCUGGAUCGUGCGAAGAAAGCGAAAAAUAUAGACUGGAACUCCCCAAAAUUGAAUACUAGCGAUAAGAGAAACCAAACACAAACAAGUAAAAAAACGCGUGACUUUUUCGUGCGAAACGCGGGAAAGCAUUUUAUACAUACAUAGCUAAGUAGAUAAGUGUCUUCUUCCCGAAAAAAAAUCCAAAAUAAAAACUUCACAACAAACACACUCACCAACAUGCGCACUCACACAAUCCUACACUAUUGGUAAGCAUUGACUUUAUAUUCGAAGCAUAAAAUCAUAUAAAAUAUUCGUAACAACUAUUAGCCAAUACACAAACCACAAAAAAAAAAGAUAAAUAAUUGGACAAACCACUACAUUCACUGCCAAUGAGAAACAAUCGAAGCGAAAAUUUGCAACAAAACCUCAAAAAAACAACCACACAAACAACCCAGUGAUGUCAAAAUUCAGGGAAUCGAACCUCUGGCUGCACUGUACAGCCACGCAGCCAACCUCACUCCAACUUUUUUUUUCUCACGCGCAGGCAGAUUUACACGAGAACAAUAGGAGAACAAAAAAAAACCUCAAUCGGCAGAGUAGGUGCAACAAUAAGCAAAAGCAAACAAUAUAAUGAAAUAUACCUCAAGUUAAAAGUAAACUUUAAUCGACGUUUCGCACUGUAAAUAGGCAUCCCCUUCUAUUUAACGUGUAAUGCCACAGACAAGGAGAGGUAAAUCUUUUGAAGAUUUUUGUCUAAAAUUCAUCAAUGACUCCAAACGAGCGCCAUCUAGUGUGCGCGCAAGCAGUUUUAAGCAGCUGUCAAACGCGUUGCAAUGAGCUGUGGUGAAUUCAAAACUAGCGUGGUGAUCUUGCGAGCAUAUUGGCUGAUGCACGAAGAAAUUUGUUUACGUUUUACUGUCCCGCAAGCGUCAACCCAUACAAAUUGCAAAAAAUGUGCUGAUUUGGCAUUUGCUUAAGGUGCCGCAAAAAAAACGCUUGUUGAUUAAUGAUUUUUAAACGAGAUUUACUUCUAUUUUUCUGUGGUAAAAUGUCACAGACCAAACAGAUGGGAAGCUUACCUUUUUGCAACAGAAAAUGCAAGCUUUACAUCUGUUUUUCGUCUGUUACGAAAAUAUCUAGACGAAAGCAAAACAAAACGUCAUGUUUGGUUCUGAUCUCCGCUAUCUAUUCUCUAAGUGUCUUCGGUAAGUGCGUGUAGUUGCGGCGGCGGCCACUGGUGGCGCGCUCGCCGCACACUGCGAUCGAACCAGUUUUAGUUUGUUUAAUUUCUCUCGUACUAUAUGCUUUAAGAUACACUGUAAAACUAAAGUAAUAACGUUAAGAAAAACACCCUAAAUAAAACAUACAGAACAAUGCAUUUAAUACUAUUUUUGAAAUAGUUUCCCUUUAGUAGUAGAAAGAAAUCUAAUCGUUUCAAGCAAACUUUGCAGUAAAAUUUGUUGUAAUCUACAAGAAAUACCCAACUAGACAAAUGCAUCCAGUAUCUUUUGUUUUCGACUGUUUUCUUCAGUUUUGAAGGUGUUGCAGACCAAGUCCACAGCAAGCAAAUCGUGUGUAGUAGCAAAAAAAAGUUGAAUGAAUAUUAAAAUAGCAGAAAAUUUGUUUCUCCGUGCCACGUGGUGACCCAAACCACGUGGCUUUUGUUGAUGUGUUGUUUUUUUCCGUUCCACUCCCCCUUCCCCAAAAAAGAGAGAAGGGAAACCACUAUUAUCCACUUGUGUAGGUCAAGAGAGUUGUAAAUGAACAGCAGUUUUCCGUUGGAGCAUUCGUACUAUAUAUAUUCAUCUGAAUUUAAUCAUAUUGCUAAUUAUAAUAAUUAAAACAAACUAUAUUAAAACAUCAUCAAAGGCAUCCUUAAAAAAACAAAUCGAAAGGCAAUAUUUGACGGCACUUUUACUGUGUAAAAAGGUUCUGAGAAUCGCCCAUUCAAGAGAAGAGCCCAGUUAUUAGGUGGAAAGAUAUUCAUCGUAGCGAGUAAUGAUCGUUUUUUAAAAAGUCGCCACAUCAGUGCUAACACUAAACAUUUGCAAUAUCCUGUAGCAAGCGUAAGAAUGCGGCGAGAAAUCACCCCCCUAAAACAAAACAAAAAGCAAACAAGUAAACAAUCCGCUUUGUAGUAGUACUUUGCGAGUCUGUGUAAACCAUCAUCGAAGUUGAGGCGAGUUGAAAAGAAAAGGAAAAUGGUAUGAUUGAUGGUAAAAAGUUUUCGAUUUUUUCGGAAUGAACUGAAUGAGAAACGGAAGAAAUAACAAGAUUACAAAAUGUAUCGCUAAACAGUACAGACAAAAAAACAGUACGAGUGUGAUGCAGGAUUGUAUGGGAAAUUGCGAAAAUAAACUGAUUUAUUGUAUUGAAAUAUUUAAA